AUGCCGCCGACGCUCUGGACGCACACCCUGUGCCCGUACGCGCAUCGCGCGUCGCUCGCGCUGUGCGAAAAGGGCCUGCGACCGCGCGCGUUCGAGCGACACGUCGACCUGUCGGACAAGCCCAAAGAUUUGUUUCGAGUGAACCCGCGCGGUUUAGUGCCCGCGCUCGAGUGCGAGGACGGUGAGAUCGUCACGGAGAGCUCGAGGAUCAUCGUCGUCGUGGACGAGCGCUUCGGCGAGCGACGAUCGCUGACGCGCGGGCCGAGGGAUGAGAUUUUGGAGUUUGCGCGCGACGCCGACGCGGCGGGCGGCGGCUUCGUGAGCUCGGGAUUGAGCUUCGUCGGCGGUGGGUGGGGCAUUCGUCGCGGCAUGCCGCGUCAGGGGCAGAUUGAAACGUUUCAGCGGAGCGUGCGCGCGCUCGACGAUCGUCUACGGGGGAGCGAGGGAAAUUAUUUAUUCGGCGCCGACGUGAGUCUCGCGGAUAUAAGCAUUUGGCCGUUCGCCGAGCGGUUUCAGCUCGCGAUGCGCGAGUUUCAAGGGUACGACAUCGCGGAAGGCGCGGAGUACUUUGCCGCAUGGCUCACGGCGAUGUCUGCGCGGGACAGCGUGCGGUCGUUGCGGCCUGAUGACGAGGCUUUGUUGCGGUCGUGGCGGCGCACGAUGCGGCUUGAUUACUUCGAUUACGAAACCGCUUCUCGGGAGUCACCCUGA